ACCCAAAGAAUCGACUCCUUCAAUAUUCGUACCUAAUCCUGGGACACCCUGUAUACACGUGAUCCUACAGAUUUUCGUGGACUUGUGAAGUCUAACAACUGAUAGCAGCAGUAAGUUGCGAGGAUUCUACGCGAGAUCGCAGCACUAGUAACUGCUCACGGAUAAGUCGGGCCUCUAACCUUCUAUACUCUCUGGUACUUGGUCACAACAAAGCAACAAAGGUUAGUGAGGUUAUGUCAGUUUUAUCAACCAAAUUUCAGGUCACUUAAAUUGAUCGAGUGUAUUUAUUCAUUAAUUUUAACAUGGGCUCUAGACAAGCAGCAGUUAAAGCUGGCUGGAAACAAGCCAAACCCCUGAUAUCCGUCACAGAUCGAGAUUGCCGAACAAGAGCGCUACAGCUGUACAAAGCUUGGUAUCGAGCUUUCCCUGAAAUACUUCGCAUUCAAGAUCUUCCAGUAAAUUUGAAACAGUGCCGGGAGAAACUAAGGGAAGAAUUUUAUAAGAAUAAAAAUGUCACUGACCUCCGUGUCAAGGAUCUUCUAAUUGUCAAGGGUCAACAGGAAUUGCAAGAAUUUAGCAAGUUCUGGUCUCAAAAAAGUCACAUGAUGAUGCGCUUUAAGGAGACUCAUAAUCCACAACCUCAAGACUUCCUCUCAAAAUUUUUCUCUGGCCAUAAAUGAGCCUCACGUGUAUUUAUUUAGAAGAUUUAAUCCUGUUUAGUCUUGUACAUAUCUGUCAGCUUUUAAUUUUUGUUUUGUUUAAAUCACCUCUCCUUUUCCCAAGGGAUUAAAAUGUUUGUUUAAAUGUUA